AAACAGCAUGUCGACUGCCCAAGCUCUGGAAAGUUUCGAACGCUGGCGAGCGAAGGGGAAGAAAAAGAAGGAAAAGGCUAAGGGAAAAGCAACUGUGAAGAAGAAACCAUGGGAGAUAGAAAAGGAGGUCAUCGCGAAACUGCAGCAGAAGUACAAGGACAUUGAUCCAUCAUCAAUACAGAAGUUCUCAGACCUGCCCCUGUCCAGGAAAACACAGCAAGGUCUCCAGGCUGCUGGUUAUAAGUUCCCCACAGAUGUACAGAAGAACUCCAUGCACCCAGCCCUACUGGGACGGGACAUCCUGGGAGCAGCUAAAACUGGAUCAGGAAAAACACUGGCUUUUCUCUUACCUGUGUUGGAGAGCCUGUGGCGGCUCCAGUGGAGUCAGCAGGAUGGACUGGGGGCCCUCAUCAUCACCCCGACCAGGGAACUCGCCUACCAGAUCUUUGAGGUCCUGAGGAAGGUGGGGAAGAAACACGACUUCUCGGCAGGACUGGUCAUCGGUGGUAAGGAUGUGACAGAAGAGGCGGCGCAGAUCUAUCGUACAAACAUUGUGAUCUGCACUCCGGGACGACUUCUACAACACAUGGACGAGACCGCGUACUUUGAAGCCAACAACCUUCAGAUGCUGGUGUUGGACGAGGCUGACCGUAUCCUGGACCUGGGGUUUGCUGCCACCAUGAAUGCCAUCAUACAGAACCUGCCAACAACCAGGCAGACUAUGCUGUUCUCUGCCACACAGACCAAAUCAGUGAAGGACCUUGCCAGACUGAGCCUGAAGAACCCAGUGUACAUCUCUGUCCACGAACACCACAAGUUCAGCACCCCGCAGAAACUCAAACAGAGCUACCUGGUCUGCGAACUGCACCAGAAACUGGACCUGCUGUUUUCCUUCAUCAAGAACCACCUCCACAGUAAAGUACUGGUCUUCCUGUCCAGUUGUAAACAGGUCCGUUACGUGUACGAGGCGUUCUGCAGACUCCAGCCAGGGAUAAGUGUGUUGUGUCUCCAUGGGAAGAUGCCGCAGAUGAAGAGAGUGGAUGUCUAUGACUCCUUUUGCAGAAAACAGCACGUGUGUCUGCUGGCCACGGACAUAGCUGCCAGGGGACUGGACUUCCCAGCUGUUCACUGGGUGUUACAGCUGGACUGUCCUGAGGAUGCUGACACGUACAUCCAUCGUGCUGGAAGGACAGCUAGAUAUGAGUCUGACGGAGAGUCCCUCCUGGUCCUGAUGCCCAGCGAGGAAAGACAGAUGUUACAGCAGCUCACAGACAAGAAAAUCCCAGUGGAGAAAAUCAGAGUGAAUCCGUCCAAGUUCUACUCCAUCCAGAAGAAGUUGGAGGUUCUGUGUGCCCAGGAUGUUCACAUGAAGGAGUCAGCACAGAAGUGCUUUGUGUCCUACCUACGGUCCUACUACCUACAGCCCAACAAACAGGUGUUUGAUGUCAACAAGUUACCACUGGACGACUACGCAAGUUCCCUGGGCCUUGCAGCAGCGCCGAGAGUUAGAUUCCUUCAGAAUACUGCCAAAAACAAAGAGAAGGCAGCUGCUAAGGGAGAUUCCAUUUCAGUCACAGGAGGGAGUCACACCUGGCCACAGGGAGAAGAAGAUGCAGAAAAACCUGUAGAAACAGAGAAGCAAUUGGUACAGUCCAAAACUGUAUCCCAGAUGGGUCUGAAAACCACACUAAGAACUGAAGAGUCAGUAGUCGAAAGAACUUUGGGAGAAUCCAGUGGUUUGGAAGUAGAGCAAAUAAAAGCAAAGUCUUUGUCACAAAGAACUGAAGCAGGGACUUCACAAGAGGAAGACAUGUCUGAGUCUUCUUCAGGGGAAUCAGAGGAUGAAGAUGAGGAAGUUCAGGGGACCAAGGGUACGUUGUCAUGGCAACAGGAUGAUGAUGAUGAAGAAGAGGAGGACCUACUGACGGUGAAGAAGAGAGAUGUCUUCAAUGUAAAGGGGAACACUGUUCAGGAACCAAAGGUGUUGGAGACUGAGAAAACCUCUUCCAAUGAGAAGAAGUCUGCACUCACUAAGGCCAAGCUAGCCAAGAAGCUGGCAAAGAAAAAAGUGAAGGUCAACAGCAAGGUCAAAUUUGACGAUGAAGGAGAGGUUACAGAACAAUGGCCUCCAGUACAAAAGGUUGCACUGAAAAGUGAUGCAGGAGAAGGCAGGAAAGAAGAAGAAGAGGAAGAGGUUGGAGGGCUCAACCUGGAGACUGCCCGCCAACUGAUGGCAGAAGAGGACAAACACGACAAACUGGCGUACAAACAGCGCAUCCGGCAGAAGAAAUGGGAGAAGAAAAUGAAGCAGAAAGAAGCAGCCAGGUCUAAGGACCAGCAACGAAGAAAGACUGAAACAGUUGAGGAGGAAGGGGUUGCCUAUCUGGAUGUGGGGGAGGAGGAGGAAGGUUCUGUAGAGGAUUCUGGGAGUGAGUCAGGGUCAGAUCAGGACUCUGACCUGGGUCAGAGGUCAGACUCUGGGUCAGAUGAGGAGCAAGACACUGAGAGACCCAGAAAGAGAAGGAAAUAUCAGAGAAGCAGCUCUGAUGAAGAGGAGGAGGGUACAGAUGAUCCAAUGGACACAGGCCUGGAUCUACAUGACGAUGAGGAACUAGCUCUUCAUUUACUGGGCAGUAACUAGGUUUGAUCAAUGCUUGAUCACAACUUUCUGGAAAUUCCCUUCACUCACUCACACACUCACUGUCCGGUUUAUGGUUUAUCCUUACGUAUAAUAUUAUGAUGGUAUUAAUACUGUAAGAUAAUAUUUUUAUGUAGCAUAUACAAAACAUAUACAUAGGGUUUAUAUGUGUGUGUUAUGCAGUGUAAACAGUGUUCUAUUAUAUAUAGUAAACAAGCUUGAAUUUUUCUGUCAUCUCAAUCACAAGGCAUUUCAUGCAAUUUCUGGGCAGUAAAUUGGAUCUAAUGUAAUUUUGUACAUUUUGGAGUUGGUUCAUAACCUGAAUUUUUGUCUUUUUUUUGAAAAUAAAAAAAGGAAGUGGGCUAAUCAAUUCGAGAACCAAUUAAUUGAAUUGUUGUGGCCCUACCCAACUUAACUGGCAAUUAGUACCAAUUUGGCAAAGCCAACUAUUCAUGAAAUCUACAUUUGUACAUGUAUAUGGGGCCUCACUUGCUCUAUUAAAAGCAAAAAGCACAUCACUAAAGAAUUAAAUAAACAUCAGUCGAACAAGAUUCCCUCUGUAAACCAUCUUUUAUUACAAGAAAAUUUACGUGUCAGUUUCAUAUCAUCAACAACCCAUAGAUGCUACUGUGCAAAAACAAGUACACCCUGCUCAAGAGAAUGAACUCAAAAGAAGGGAAAUUAUUAGCAGCAUCAUAAAUAAUCAAUAGUGUAUAAUUACAUAUUGCCCAUUGAGCUUUGAUAUACGCUUAAUGCACAUCAAUCUUGAUGUAUUUAGAUAUACAAUUGCGCCAAAAUUUAAGUCAUGUUGUAGAUAAACCUUUAGACACAUUGCAUGCACAGCACAACAAAUGAAUUGCACAAUAGAAUAUACUGGCUAUUAGAUUUUCAAUCAAAUUGGGCCAUAUACAAAUGCAACAAAAUGCAAACUUUACUAAAAUAACGAACUCUGACAGGGGUAAAAUACUGUUGAAAAGUCAAUAUACAUGUGCCUUAUUGUAGCAGUACUUCAAACUACAUUGUAGUUUGUAAAAAUUUACAAUCACUGUGUAAAGCAUAGUACAUGUACUAUAUUAUGUGAAACAUUUAAAAUUUACCAUCUGAAACUUAAUGCAACAUUGAACUAGAACAGCUAGAAGGCAAGUGGUAUCAACAUCCCAAGGAGGCUUAUGUAUUA